ACGUCCACAGACGCUGCCGCGGGUAUUAAACGGGCCAACACAGUGCUACUAGUAACGGCAUUUGGCCCUUUUUAAUUCGAAGUCUCACUUUUCCAUUGACCGUUUCGAAUUCGCGAACACCCCAGUAACGUUUUGUUGCUUCUGCCUCACGUGGAAACACUUCACUGAGCCUCCCGAGCGUCCCGGUAAGACGCUUCGCGAUGGCUGACGACAGCGUGUGCGUGAUCGAGUCGCCUUCGUCGUCGUCAGAGGCCGACGACAACAGUGACGAGGACUACAGCCCCACUGCGGCUCGGGGCCGCAAGGCGGGAACGAAAAGUCGUGCGCCGGUGGCCAAGAAGGCAGUCGGCAAGAAAGCUGCGGCUUCACGAAAGAAGCCACCGGUGCUAAUCGACCUGGUAUCGCCGCCUGCCCCGGGCUCGGCUUCCAGUGCGAAAGUGACAACACCAAGUGGCAGGAAGCGAAAACUUGGUGCAUCCACACCGAAGUCACAAGCUUCCAACGGUGGGGAUCACCCUGUCAAGGAAGAAGCUGGUGCUGAAGCCAAGCCAGUAAAACGGGCUCGAACAGUCUUGCCGGAAUACAUACCUUUGGAAGGCCCAAUGAGGCCGGCACCCCCUGUACCACCAAAGAAGCCCAUGGUAAAACCUCGUCCUCGCAAGCCUGCGGCGACCUUACCCAAGAAGCCAAAGUUGCAGAAGGCUGCGUUGUCGGCGCUCUCGGCAGCCAAGGACCCGGCAGCUGGCUCAACGGCGGAUGCUGCAAUCGACGUGGAAGCGGAGUGGGAAGCCCGCUAUGGCUGGCGUGUGGAGGAGGCGGUUGCCUCGACAGUGGGCGUGCAGGUGGACGUGGUUCGCAACGUGGUGAACAUGCUGACCAAUGACUGCACCAUUCCAUUCAUCGCACGCUACCGUCGCGAGCAGACGGGUGGCCUUCAGGCGGAUGGUCUGCAAGACAUCCAGGACACCUAUGCCAGCCUUCUGCAGGUGAAAAAGAAAGCGCGCACCAUACUGGAUACACUGACCAAGGAGAACAAGGGGGACCCUAGUGUGCGCAAGCUCAUCAUCACGGCAAAAAGCAGCGUUGAGCUUGACCAUCUGUUUGCCCCAUACAAGGAGUCCAAGGGUCGCUCCCUGGCUCAGCGGGCCAAGAAUCUGGGCCUCGAAGAGACGGCCCAGCAGAUUCUUCGGGGAGAGGCCACGGUCGACUCCAUCAACCCCGAGAGCCUUGUGAAAGCUGACGUGAAAGGGUUACAGUCGGCAAAAGAGGUCAUGCUGGGUUGGCAACACAUUCUGGCUGAUGUCCUCUCCAAGGACAGGAUGGUCCUUGACUACCUGGCCAACAUGGCCAAGUCUCCUGGCAUCCUCUUGACGGCCAGCAAGAGCGCCUCGGCAGCCAAGCUAGAACGGCAAGCCUUCGCCGAUGGCACGCCAGGAAUCUGUGACAAGAAGUACGACAACUACGCCAACUUCUCCAGGGACGUGCGGUCGGUGCAGCCUCACCAGGUGCUGGCCAUCAACCGCGGGGAGUCCCAGAAAGUGCUGACGGUGAAACUGGUGCUGCCGCCGCAGCUAGCACCGGGGCUGAAGCGCUUCUGCGAGUCGCGCCUCUGCAACAUGGGCGUAAAAAUGCAGGGCCAGACGGUGCAGCUGGUCAAAGACUCCAUCGAGGAUGCCUACAGUCGGUUGCUGGAGCCCCACCUCCUCCGCAGCAUAAGGUCACAGCUCACCAAAGAGGCCGAGAAGGAGUCUGUGAGUGUGUUUCGCUGCAACCUCCGCCAGCUGCUGCUCACCCCUCCGGUCAGGGGUCAUGCUGUGCUGGGCAUUGACCCCGGGUUCAAGCACGGCUGCAAGCUGGCUGCAGUCUCGGCCAAUGGAAGUCUUCUUCAGCAUGCUGUCAUCUACCCUCACAGUGGCAACAAGGGCCCAGCUGCAAAUAUCUUGAGGCAGAUGGUUCUCACACACAACUGUGACCUGGUGGCCUUGGGCAAUGGCACGGCCUGCCGGGAGACGGAGGCCUUCCUCUCGGAGCUCAUCUCCCAAGGCUGCUUUGAGCCGAUCAAGCUCAAGUACUGCACAGUCGAAGAGAGUGGAGUCUCCGUGUACUCAGUGACCAAGGAUGCAGAAGCAGAGCUUCCAGGCCUUGACCCAAACAUUCGCAGCGCUGUGGGCAUUGCACGAAGGUUGCAGGACCCCCUGCUGGAGUACGUAAAAGUUGAGCCCAAGCACCUCGGAGUUGGUAUGUACCAGCAUGAUGUGACCGAAUCGCUACUGAAGAGUGCCUUGGAGGGAGUCGUCGUGGAGUGUGUCAGCUUUGUUGGGGUCGACAUCAAUGUUUGCCCCGAGUUGACGCUCAGGAAAGUGUCGGGGCUGAAUGCGGGCACGGCCCGCAACAUUGUCGAGUGGCGGACGACCAAUGGUCCCUUCCGGAAUCGGCAGCAGCUGCUCAAGGUCAAACGGCUGGGCAACAAGGCCUUCGAGCAGUGUGCAGGAUUUGUCAAAGUCUUCCCUGAAACGGCAUCGGCAGCAAAAGCGGCUGGCGGAGGCACCAUCAGUCAAGAGACGACCGCACAGUCUUCCAAGCCCGCGAAAGGCAGCGGCAGCGGCGGCUCUUUCAAUCCGCUCGACAUGACUGUCAUUCAUCCGGAAUCAUACACACUUGCUGAACACUUCAUCUCCCAUUUGGGGCUCAACAAGGAGGCCAUUGGGAAGCCACACUUCAUCGAGAAAGUCCGGCAGGAGACAGCCAAGCAUGGCGUCAACCACUUCGUCAACCUCCUUGGCGGCAGCAUAGCCACCAUGCAGCUUAUCGUGGAUGCAUUACAGCACAGCGUAGAGUACGACAUCCGCUCAGAACAACACCAGCCGCUGUUCAAGAGCGGGGUCCUCUCCCUUGACGAGGUGCAUGCAGGCCUCGAGCUCACAGGAAAGGUCAAGAACUGCACCAACUUUGGCGCCUUCGUUGACAUUGGUGUAGGCACCGAUGGACUCAUCCACGUCAGCCAGAUGAAUGGCCACACGGUUGCUCUGGGUGACCGCGUCACUGUGCGUGUCCUCAACAUUGAGAGAGACCGCCGCCGCAUAGGGCUGCGCCUACUGUCCAAGGGAUGAGCCACCGCCAUGUCUUCGCUAGUGUGGACACUAAUGGUUCUCAAGUUUGCGUGCUUUGCGACCAGCCAAAGGAAGCUCGCUACAAGCAACCUAGGUGUGUACAGUCAUCAGAAGAGCUGUCAAUGGUAUACUGUGUCUUUAAAACAGUGCACCGAGUGUUGUGUGCUUGUACGUUUAGAGUUCCUGCAUUUGUGUGCUUUUUUUUUAAUGUGUGCCCUCUACAGCUCGGGACUUCUGCAUUUGGAGGCUUCUUGAAUUGCAUGGGGCUUCCAAAGAGAUUGCAGAUGGCACCUUAUGCUCUUUGCCGAGACAACAUGCAGCUCUUCCCUGCUCCGGGACAGUGCGUGAAAUGAGCAGAUCCACAUCCCACUGUAUGCAUUUUCAACGUUGAUAGUGUUUUUGCUGCCACAUUCCAGCGCACCUGAUUUUCACCAAGAAAGAAAACGACCUGACAUGGUUAGGUACAGUUAGCAAUAGACAUGGUUAGACAUGCUAUGGCAGUUUGAAAGCACUUGCAGUCAUGUGACCCCACAGGUAGCCAGUGUUAUGAAAAUGCUGCUGACGUGACGAUUAGGUAAGGACUGUUGCCUGUGCUUAUUUAAGAACUUGGCCCAGCAAACUUUAUAGGCAGUUGCUACCAACCUGCAUGCUGGUUUCUGAAAUGAUUUAGUGAGACAAAGGUUUAUGUGUAGCUAUCCGUAAAAGCAAGCGUAUUAGAGUGUGCACUCUUAAAAAGCUUUCACCUAGCUUUCGUCAUGAAUAGGACAUUGCUUAUUUUCCUUUUUGCUUGAACCUUCCUCGCUGUCCAGCCUUGGCAUAUUAAAGAAAAAGUGAGCAGUUGCAAUAUCUUCAGCAGUCUGGAAGGCAUACAUUCAUUUCUUCGUGUUUACGAAAGCUGCACUGCUGCACAUGUUAAUGUAAAACAUUGCCAACUUAGUCUCGUACAUGUGUUCCAGCAGCUCAGGAAUGUAUGAUAAGUUAGGAGCAACUGAGUUGUACAUCAUUGGCCACAUAGUUUUGGCUACAUUGACUACACAGCCACUGAGAUUACUGCCGUUUUCAUAGUCAAGUGAACUGGGUGACUACGGAAGCAGAGCACUGGAUGUUUCAGUUCAUUUGCAUCUCCAAUGGGCACGAACUUUUAGGCCCUGUUCUCUUAUCACUAUAUUUGCCUAUCUUUACCGGAAAAACCUGCCACAUUUAGAGUAAUCAAUUAAGCUCCAUGCUUGUUAACCUUAUCAACUGCCUAUCUAUUCAUCUACUCGUUAUAUUAUCUACUCCUUACAACUUCUUAUCCCACUCUGUUGCUUAAGUGGCUCCUCCAUCGUUUUUGACUCCUCCUUUUUUUUUUGCUUUGCUUGAAACACCAGCAAGCAGGGUAGCAGCCAUUGCCUACAGAGAGCUCUGGGCAGUUUUUGUGUUAGCUAUUACGCAACAAUUAUUAGUAGCAUUUAUCAGGUAUUAGGCAACUGGUGCUAGUCUAUUUUAUUCCUGUCACAUUUACUGACGUCAUCUUUUUAUUGCUGUCUAUAAACAAGGUUUACACUCAUAAAAAAAGUUCACACCCUUUGGGGUUUAUCUUGUCCCACAACAAUAAUCGUCAUCUGCCUUGCUUGCAUUUCCUCUCUUCAAUACUCUGUGCUCACUACUUUCCUGUCUCUAGAAUGCUGUGUCAAGCUGAUAAUGCGCAUUCCAUUCACGACUUGGAAGUGCUGGGCUCACAGCGUUAAAAAAAUGAUAUGCAGGCGAGGCAGACGACGAUUAUUGUUGUGUGACAAGAUACAACCCACAGGGUGUAAACUUUUUAAAAGAGCAGAGGUCUGAAUUUUAAGUUUGUUUUUUGAGAGGUAAGCUCACUUUUGUUGGUUUUUAUUAAGACUUAGUUUUGGAGCUUUCUUUUUUUUAUGCAUUUUGUACAUGCAAAAGGUUGCCUUAUGUCUUUCAGUGACUAAUUACACGACUGUCAUUGAUUUCCCAGUAAUACCUGGGCAGUGCCAUGUCUCACUAACAGAAAUAUAUGCAUAGAUGCAUUCUUUUUUUUGCUUUGCUUGAAGAGUCAGCAAGCAGGAUAGCAGCCAUUGCCUACAGAGAGCUCUGGGCAGUUUCUUGGUUAGCCAUUAUGCAACUGUUAUUAGUAGUAUUAUUGGGUAUUAGGCAACUGGCACUAGUCUAUUUCAUUCCUGUAACAUUUACUGACGUCGUAUCUUUAUUGCUUUCUAUAAAUAAGGUUUACAGGCCUGAAUUUUAAUUUUGGUUUUAAGAGUUAAACUCACUUUUGUUGGUUUUUAUUAAAGGACUUAAUUUCGGUCCUUCCUUUCUUUUUUUUAUGGAUUUCGUACAUGCAAAAGGUUGCCUGUGUCUUUCAGUGACUAAUUACAUGACUGUCAUUGAUUUCCCUGUAAUACCUGGGCAGUGCCGUGUCUCACUACUGCCAGUUGUUUGUUUUUACUAUUAAAGAAUUAUUGUCUAUAA